AUGAAGAGCCAUAAGAAAAAUAAACUGAAAAUGAAACAGAAUUACCAAUGCAACAUGAAACACCAUCAAGAAAAUGAAAGACAAGUUGAUCCUCAACUAGAUGAUAUUGGUGAAUAUAGCAGACCAGGAAGAGAAAAGAAAAUACCUGAGGUGAAGCACUACAUUUUAGAUUUAGAAGGGACAAGUGAUGAAGGGAGUAGAAAUAAUACAUCAGUACUGCAGAUAUGUAGUCAAAGGUUGCCAGGAAAGUAUAUGAAAUGGAUUCCCAAACACUAAGAAAUUCCUUUACAUUUUUGUACAAUGAAUGGACAAGGUUUGGAAGGAAGCUCUGACAUCUAUAGAUCGUUUGGCUUUUUUUGGUGGUUCACAAAGGAAAACAGCUCUAUCAAUUGAAGACAUUAUCAGUCAAGUUUCGCCAAUAUAAAUAUCUACCGCAGGCGAAUGAUUGGUCCUCAGCUCUGUAUGUUUGUCAAUCAGAGACUGUUUUAAGAUGUCGACCCCAGUAAUCAUUCGGGUAUCUUCGGCGAAUUGUCUGCAACAAUUUGUCUGCCAACUUCACAUCCAUCCAAGGCAAUCUAUUUGACUUCAUUCCUAACUGAUAUAUUACAUUUGAUUUAGGUUUCCUCAAGACCUGCGUUUAGAAUAUUAGAUCACAGAGAUGUAUGCAAAGAGUUGCAGUCGACUCCAACUACCAGGAAGUUAUAUGGAAUAGAUCAUUGCCACUCUAGGAGACACACUAGAGUAGAGCUAAAGUAUGGUUUCUCAAUAACAGCCAAAUCAUUAUCAUCUCUUGGCAGCAUUCGUCAAAUGAACAUUCGUUGGGAAUGAUGGGAAGAAGAGCGACCUCUUUACCUUAUCCUCUACCAACAUUAGCAACACUUCACAUUGAGUUUGGUAUGAGGUACCUCAUCAGAAGCACGCUACGAUAACUGUACGAGAAUGUAUGUGGCAAUAAGUUAGGUCACGUUUUCCUCUUGCUCACUUCUAACUGUAUACAAAAUUUAUUCACAUAAGAGCAUUUACAAUGGGCGCCCUUUUUUUGUCAGAAAAUAUGCUCAAAAACCAUGUCUACAAGAUUGAAAAAUGUUUAGUCAAUGACAUGGUAUCGUGUAUGAUCUAGUUAUCACACUUGCUAAACGUUUUUCCAGGAAAGUCAUUUUCUGUUUUGGGAAACAUGAAGUUGUUAAUGUUUUGACAGUCUAUGCCACGAAAUAGGGAGAUUAUGUAUAAGGAAAUUUUACACUUUGGGCGACGGUAACUUUUUAGUGAUAUCGUUACAAUAUUGCUUCCUAAUGGUAAGUAGAAAUUGGCAUCAUGUCAAUGCUCGAGUAUUUGCCGUCAUUUUGAUAAACGCAUUUAAUUGACAAUAUCGAAGACAAUCGAUCCUAUGUAAAAAGGUAAUAUAGAAACGAAUAUGGGCAUAAUUAAAUUGUCCAUGAUUUUGCUUUUAUAAAAACUUGUAUUGGUCAACAGGUUGCAAGAAAAUUAAGGGUAAAGGUACAUAGCCCCACGGUACCCAAUGGUGUUUAGGCCUUAGGUCUUCGUGGUAGUUGGAGUAUAAAAAAAAGAAAAAAAUGUAAUGAUAUUUUCGGUUAUAAUGGCUAGACUAAGAACCCAAGAGUAUAAAACCCUACUACGUUUUGUAGAAAAUGCAAUUUGGUAUAAAAAAGAUCUUUUACGUUUUUUGGACAUUUUAUUGGUUCUUAAAGUAUAAAAAUUCGUAUCAAGCAGUCGCCCGACAUAGUCCUGACGCUACAUACAUAUGUACGUGGUCCUCUUAAUCGGCGUACAACAUUAUUUCGCGUGAAAAUAACUGCACAUUCAUACUACCACGUCUACCACGUAAAAGCAUGGAAAAUUAAUAUUUUUUGAUAAUUUGUGAUAUUUUUCAUUAUGAAGUUCAAGUCACUCACUCCCAUCAGUCUGUCUAUUGGCGAUUUUGUCACUGAGUAAUUUCACCGAUUCUAAUGGAACAUGAGAUGUAGUAGGUAAUACUAGUUUAUUGCAUCACUCCCUUUCCAUUAAAAUCGUUGCAACGGUUGCUGAUUGUACCCAGUGACAAUUUUUCAUUAUGAAGUUCAAGUCACUCACUCCCAUCAGUCUGUCUAUUGGCGAUUUUGUCACUGAGUAAUUUCACCGAUUCUAAUGGAACAUGAGAUGUAGUAGGUAAUACUAGUUUAUUGCAUCACUCCCUUUCCAUUGAAAUCGUUGCAACGGUUGCUGAUUGUACCCAGUGACAAAAUGGCCAAUAAACAGACUGGUGGAAGUGAGCGACUUGAAUUUACAUGAUGAAAUAUCUGAAAAUAUUAGAUGUAUACUGACACGUGCGUACAGCGCUGAGUAUGCCGCGCGACAAUUUCGUAUAAAUUUUUGACUUACGCUCCAUACACUUGAACAAUCAUUUUAUUUUCUACAUAAAAGAAUAAGAAUCUUUUAAACACUUGUUAGUUUAGCCAUUUUAAGCGAAAAUGUCAUUACAUUUAAUUUUACCCUUAAUUUUCUUGUAACAUAUUUACUGUUUUAUAAAAGAAAAGUUAUGAAUUCAAUUCCCUAUAAACGCGUUUUUUUUAAAUGUCAGAAAUUGCUCCAGCACCAUCAUAACGCCAAUUUGAACUUAUCAUUAUUGUCAUCAAAUUGUAUGAAAAAAAUAUAUAUUUCCAGGCCUACACCUCACUUUCUAAAACCCACAAAAAAUAAUUUGGCAUCCAUACAUUUGUGUUAGAAAAAAAAUUACAUCGCUGCACCAUGCAAAGUUUUUUUAAAACCACAAUAUGAUUUUUAUUUGUUUGUUCCAGAUUAAUUUAGCAUUAAUGCUACAGUAUCAAUUUUGUGUAAUUAUACGUAUACAUAUUUUUUUGAAUCCA